GGCUUCUGACACACCAUAACUCGGGAUCCAAACGGUGAAGCACUGAAGAGAGUAACGAUCGUUCUUGAAGACGGCAAAAUCUAAGACCAAAAUCCGAGAAGAAGAAGAAGAAGCAAUGGUGAUGAAAUGCUGAAGCUGCAAUCGAGUGGGAAGACAAUAUUAUCAAGUAUCUGUUACCGUAGAAAGAUGUCGACCUGUUCUUACUACACCUUCGGGCCCUACAAAAUUGAUCCCCGGGAAGUGUUCUACGCUACCCGUCUCUCCUACGCCAUGGUUAAUCUCCGCCCUCUUCUUCCCGGUCAUGUUCUCGUCUGUCCAAGGCACCAUGUUCAGCGUUUUGUCGAUCUCACAGCCGACGAGACCAGCGAUUUAUGGCUUACCGCACAAAAAGUCGGCUCUCGGCUUGAAACCUUCCAUAAAGCAUCCUCCCUCACUUUUGCUAUCCAAGACGGCCCUCAAGCGGGGCAGACAGUUCCCCAUGUUCAUAUUCACGUCUUGCCUCGUAAAGGCGGCGAUUUUGAGAAGAAUGACGAGAUAUAUGACGCAAUAGACGAGAAGGAGAAGGAACUGAAGCAGAAGCUUGAUCUCGACAAGGAGAGAACUGACAGGAGCCUCGAGGAGAUGGCUAAUGAAUCCGACGGUUACCGGCCUCUUUUCGAUCAGUAGCCAGGCCAGACCAGACCGGUUACUAUUACCACUGGUCCAAAGAUCUUUUGGAGACAGAGAGGUUUAUGCUAUUGAAUCUGAAUUUGGUAUUGUUCCUUUAAUUUGAUGCACCAAUUGAGUUGAGAGACGCAGAUGCAGGGAUCGUUUGGUUAUGGGCUUAGCAAUAUCCUCCUCCUAAUCUUAGAUUUCAUGGCCCUCAGGUUAAAGAUAGAGAUGUAAAAGGGGUUAUCGUUAAUUUUAGAAUAAGAUCAAGUAAGGGUUGGUUAUA